AUGAACCGCAAUUCAGAUCAGGAGGUGGCGUGCACGCUGCUGGUAGGCUUCGAUGGUAACUUUAUGAAUUCGAAGGACCUUAAGUUGGCGUUGGAGAAGGGUGACAUGGAUGCCCGAGCCGAUGCGUUGGAGACGAUGAUUCGACUCCAUUUGAAUGGUGAGCCGCAGAAUCAUAUGAUCAUGUCAGUCAUCAAGUACAUUACUCCGCUGGAGGAUCACCAUAUCAAGAAGCUCGUGCUGUAUUUUUGGGAGGUGGUGGAUAAGACGGACAAGGACGGGAAACUGCUGAGCGAGAUGAUCCUCAUCUGUUCCUUUCUGCGGGAGGACUUGCUCCACCCUAACGAGUAUGUGCGUGGUCUCACACUGCGGUUCCUCUGCAAGGUGAAGGAAAAGGAGUUGAUCGAGCCUCUGAUAUCGUCUGUUGUGCAGAACUUAACACACCGCGUGACGUACGUCCGUCGUAGCGCCGUGCUGGCGGUGCACACCAUUUGUAAGAGGUUCCCGGAGCUCCUUCCUGACGCCCCUGAGCUCGUCGAGAAGUUUAUUAGCGAGGAGAAUGAUGUAUCGGCCCGUCGGAACGCAUUUGAUAUGCUUGUGGAAACCGCCCCUGAGCGGGCAGUGCGUUUCCUCACGCAUUUCCGCGAGUCAACGGACAUGGCAGACGCUGGAGCGGCAUUUCAGAUGUCGGUUGUCGACUUUGCUCGCCAGAUGAUACGGGCGAAUCCGUAUGACAAGGCCAAGUAUGUGGCUAUUCUGUUUAAUAUCCUGCAGUCCAAGAACCCUGCGGUUCGCUACCAGUGCGCAUCGACGCUGUUGAGCCUCUCGUCUUCCCCGACGGCUAUUCGACAGGCGGCACUAACCUUUAUUGAUUUGCUAAAGACGCACGCGGACAACAGUGUGCGUCUGAUUGUGGUGGAUCAGCUAGAUGCUAUGCGGAUGAGAUUCAGCGACAUUCUGCAGGACUCUCUCCUUGAUGUGGUGAGCGCCUUGGUGAAUGGUUCAACAGAAAUACGCAAGCGUGUGGUGGCGCUGGCGGUUGAACUUGUUUCAAGUAAGAAUGUUGAGGUAUUUUUGCAGGCGAUGAGGAAGGAGCUUGUGCGAUCGCAGAGUGAGGGCGAUCUCGUGGAUCAGGCUUCCAUGCAGGAAUAUAAACUGAUGCUUAUUCGUGCGAUUCGCACCGCUGUGGUUCGCCAACCGCACAUGGCGGCGUCGGUACUGCCCAUAAUGAUGGACUACACAUGCGAUGCCUCCAGCGGAAGUUACGAGGUCAUAUCGUUCAUUCGAGAGGUUCUGCAGGCGCAGCCGUCACUGCGCGCCGGGACACUGCAACAACUGAUGGAAAUAUUUUCUAUGAUCACCUCGCCGCGUGUGGUUCGGGCGGUGCUAUGGUUGUUUGGCGCACAUGUGUCCUCCGCAGAGGAGGUACUGGCAGUGCUGGCGCUUCUAAAGAAGUCUUUAAGUCCACUCCCGCUCACGCCUCCUUUGGUGGCGCUGACAUCUGCCAGCGGGGAUUCCAAUGCGUCGCCUGCCCCUGCCAUGCACGCCGUGACUACUGUGCGGGAGGACGGUACGUAUGUGACGUCCUACACGGCUGUCCCAGCAGCGGCAGCGGCCGAGUCGGUGAAUGAGGCGUGUGAGUCAUUCAGCGGCAUGCGCACACUCAUCGCGAAGGGUGAUUACUUUGUAGCGGCAGCGCUCGCCAGCGCCCUGUCGAAGCUCGUUGUUCGCUUGUUUAACCACUACGGCGACACCGUAGACGCGGCGACACUGGGCAUGGCGCAGGAUGAUGCCCUGGCGCUGCUACAGGAGAUCAUUCGAUACGGCACCGCACCUGAUGCCGGGAGUGCAAUUGACGAGGACUCACACGAACACGUCCGCCUGGCGAUCAUGGCCAUUGCGAGCCCGAAAUCAGCCUUCUUGGCGGCCUACAUUGACGACACGUACAACGCUCUCAGCGCGGUGGAAGGCACCGUGGCGGGCUCUGCUGUUGGCGACGCUGCCGACGGCGAGCCGUCCAAGACAAAUGGAGCCGCCGCUCUCUGCAGCAUAGACACACCUGUCAUCUUUACACAACUGACACACGGGAAAGAUGCUUUUCUUGAACUGGAAGCGACCGACGAUUUGGGCUCUGCCGUCGCGAAUGCCUCCAUCGAUAAAACAGAGGAAUUCCUCAAGCGUCUCGAGAAGACCAUUCCCCUCUCCGGCUUCUGUGAUCAGGUAUAUUGCGAGGCGACCGUAACGGUGCAUCAGUUCGACGUAUCAGUGGACUGGUACCUGGUGAACCGCACGCCCCACUUGCUGCGGGAUUUGACAAUUGAGCUGGCGUCCCUCGGUGGCAUGAAGUUGUGCGAGCGGCCGCAGGUGCACAACUUGCCGCCGCACGGCACGCUCAAGCUGCGCACCGCGCUGAAGGUAAGCUCAACCGAGACGGGCGUCAUAUACGCCAAUGUGUUGUACGACGCCCCCAAUGGUGAUCGCUGCUGUGUCAUCUUGAAUGACAUCCACGUCGACAUUAUGGACUACAUUAAACCGGCGUCGUGUCUGACGACGGAGUUCCGUGAGAAGUGGAGCACAUUCGACUGGGAAAACACCAUCGCCGUGAAUACAGACAAGACGGACUUGCGCGACUACGUGGAGUUUGUGAUGAAGGAAACAAAUAUGCAGCUGCUGGAGCCAUUUCCCGAGAUGGACGAGGAGGAGCUGGAGGGACUCUCCUCUGGGGACGGCGACGACGAUUACGGAUAUAUCUCCUGCAGCCUGUACGCACGCACCGUCUUUGGCGAGGAUGCGCUGGCAAACGUGUCCGUCGAGAGGGACUCGCACGGCAAAAUAAGCGGCGUGGUGCGUAUUCGAUCCAACACGCAAUCCAUCGCGUACGGCAUUGGCGAGAGGCUUAGCCUCCUCGAGACCGGGGGGCGACAGUAA